UGCGCCGGAAGCAGCUGUCUGGGGCUGUCAGGCACGUUGAUUGUGGGUGAUUUGCAGCCAUGUGUGAAGUAGAAGACGAUUACAGCGGGGAUCUGCGGGAAAGGGAGAAGAGGCUGGGUCAAAAAUGCAUGAAGUGCAAGGAAGGUUCUGCUGUUCUGAUCAUUCGAGUAGGAGAUGCCUUUUGCAAAUCCUGCUUCAAGGAAUACUUUGUGCACAAGUUCCGGGCUACGCUGGGCAAGAACAGAGUAGUAUAUCCAGGAGAGAAGGUUCUCUUGGCAUAUUCAGGAGGUCCGUCUUCAAGUGCAGUGAUCCAACAGGUGCAAGAGGGCUUGGGUCGAGAUGCUCCUAAAAAAUUACGUUUUGUCCCUGGGAUCGUCUUCAUUGAUGAAGGAGCAGUGUCUGGUCAGAGCUGGGUGGAACGAGAGGAAACCGUCUCCAACGUGCGGCAUGUUCUUGAAGACACCGGAUUUCCAUUUCACAUAGUGAGGCUGGAAGAGGUUUUCUUGUUGCCGCAUUCUGUAUUGCAGAGGAAUCUCUCUGAAUCCACUCCACAAAAGCAGAACUACAAGCAAGCAGUGGGUCAUUAUAUGGAACAGGAGGAUUCACAGCAACGCAUCGUGGAUGAGCUGGCACAGCUCAGUACUGCAGAUCCUACAUCAUCAAAUGGCAGUUCCCCUGCAGAGUUCACAGAGCAACUGGUCCAGCUCUUCACCUCCGUCAAAACGCUAACAGCAAAACAGGAGCUGCUCCACACCCUGCGGAAUCAUUUGUUACUACAUACGGCACGAAGCUGUGGUUACUCCAAGAUAAUGAGUGGCGAGAGCUGCACGCGUCUUGCUGUCAAUCUUCUCAGCAACAUCUCUCUUGGGAGGGGUGCGUUUUUGCCGAUGGAUACGGGGUUCUCAGACAGCCGCUAUGGAGAUGUUUUGUUUAUUCGUCCCAUGAGAGAAUAUUCCAUGAAAGAAAUUUCAUUUUAUAACCGGUUGUUUAAUGUCUCAUCCAUCUUUAUAAAAACGCUGGACACGAAGGCCCCUGAGAAUAGCAGCAUUCAGCGGCUGACUGAGACCUUUAUCACCAAACUACAGGCAGAUUUCCCAUCCACAGUGAGCACAGUGUACAGGACCAGUGAAAAAUUGAAUACAUGCACCGCAGAAAGCAGGAAAGAUGACGUUCUACAGGAACAAUGCCUUUUAUGUCUGUGCCCAUUAGACACACAUUCUGACAGAGCUUCGGCAUAUCAAGCUACCAAAGUAUCGCAAAACCUUUCUCAGAGGAUGAAACAGAAUUGUGCUGUUCCUGCAAAGGACUCUGGGAAACUAAGCUGUAAGCAAGGACAGUGCUGCGAGAAGACAGAUAACAAACUUACCCUAAGGGCUGCAGGAAUAGUCCAUAUCCUGUGCUAUAGCUGUCAAGUGACAAUGAAGGACCUGGAAUCUGUGGAUCACUUACCCCAGUAUAUCCACCAUGAGGCUGAACACAGGACUCGCAGGUGUGAGAUGAGGAAGGAAAUACAGGAGUUCCUGCUUGAUGAUGGCUCUGAUGAUGCAUGAACUCAGUUGACACGAUCUCCAUCCACAGCAUCAAGGACCAGAGAGCAGCAAGACUUUUCAAUAACAGAUCACGUUCUAGCAUGAGGCUGGAAGAGCAGUGGUCUUGUGUUUUCUGUGGUGAAGAACCAUCACAUUUUACUACAUCAAAAAUGGUAAUAACAAUGUAGAGAGCACUGCCUCAUUAAUUGAGCACAUGCUACCACGUGUCUUUGUAGGCAUGGGAACCAAUGGAAGUUUGAGCUCAUUUGCAUCAUAUGCCAGGUUAGUGCCUUUGCAGAGGCAUUAAAUGGUAGCUUACACUACCAUAAUCUCCUCUAGCAAGUCUUAACAUUAUUUCCCAGGGUAAAAACCAGUUACAAUCCUCUUUAGAAUUAUCACACAGAGGACACUACUACCUUGGAUAUUAUCAAUGUCUCCGAAUUUUAUGUUUUAUUUGUAACUAAAUACUUGUAAACACUUUUAGUGAAUCAGGAACCACAAAAUAAAGUUUGUUUUUU